AGUGGCAUCGCAUAAAGCAGCAGCUCCAAAAAAUUAGAACAGGAUGAUGUGCUCCCUUCGGUUCAUCAACUGGAGUGUACCUUUCAUUUGGAUCGGCCUACUUAUUCAAAUCGCUAACUGCUCGAUGGCCAAUCCAACGCCAAAUCCCUCGCAGGUGCCAACCCCACACACUUUCCGCUUCCAGAAUCCGACGCAGUGCCUCAAGAACGAGUUCUACAACCUCAACCUUUUCGACUGUGUGCCCUGCAACGAGGUCGCACCUGGAGACGGCGGUCUGGGAAAACUGCAGCCCGACAAGUUUUCGUGCAAGUGCCCAAUUGGUCACUUAUCGAUCUAUGAGCGAGGGAAGACGUGGCCGACCUGCGAUGAGAUUUGCACCCCGGACAGGAGCGACAACUGCACCUCAGUGUGGCUGCCACAACCUCGACCCUCCAGUUACUGCACCUAUCGAUAUCUGAACUCCACAUCGGUCUUCGCCAGCCAGUUGGCAGUGCAUCCACUCAUUUCCGGGAUUAUCCUGACCAAGACCAAUCCGUCGAGCAGCUCAGGCGAUUGCCACUCUUGUGACACGGUGCACAAUUUCCGUUACCAGGACUUCUGCUUGGCCAGCACCCUGUUGCGUCCUUAUCUCCACUACAACUCCUUCUGGCAGUCCACCACCACCAGUUCCAGACCGGAUGUGGGUGCACCUGGUCACUUCGGUGACCUAAAGUUCGUGGCCUUUUUCUGUCUGACCCUGCGGAACGAUACCGCCUGCCAGCAGCUGGCCAAUCUCUGCGUGCUCUCCCACUUUUCCCUGGAGAAGCACUCACCUUGCAGUGCCUUCCUGCUCACCCAGGUCUCCGAUGUGGUGAUGAAGUACGCCCACUCCGGCGAACAAGUACGCUCCCUGCAGCCGUUCCUCUUCUACAAGAAGGGCCGGGUUACCAAGGAUUUGCUAUCGAAGACUCUUCAGCUGGCGCAUCGCAAGGAGCUUCAACUAUUUAGCACCACUUUCGGUCUAGACGGUGGACUUAAGAGAUGGGGUGCCUUUCACUCGGAGAUGUUAAACUUGUGCCCGCAACCGGCGCCAAGCCUGCGAUUAGCUUUGCCCAAGAAGGAGGCGGAAGUCUCCUGCCAUCUCACCCUGGAGCGACUCAUUGACCUGGCCAACCAGCAGGCCAACGACGAGUUCCUAUCGGUUUACUUGAACUUCAGCAGUAACUGGCAGUUUCUCCUCCACCAGCUGCCAGUUCUUAUCGAAACCCUUACGCCGGAGAAUCAGCGAUCCCAACCGGAGGAGUGGCAAUUGGUAAAGCGGUUCCAGUUGAUCUCGGCUUCACCGCGGGAUAACCGCCUCCACCAAACAAUGCCGCGCUACGAGGACGCCCACAAGAUACAGAUGUAUUACUCAUUACGUUAUGCAGAGGACAUAGAACUGCAUUACACCCUGGACCAGGAUCAACCGGAUAGAGUGGGUCUACCCCUCAUUCGUCUUCGCUACCGCCACAUUGAGAUGGAAUCGGGAAAUGCAACUCUAAGCCAAAAGUAUCCAUUCCGUUUGAGGAUCAGUUACGAGCAAGUGAAACGUGGAUGGGAGUGGUUGGUCCUGGAGGUGGCAUUGCCCCUUCUUCUUCUGAUCGCUUUCGCAGCAGCUAUCUUCAGACUCCAGAAUCUUCGGAGAAGGAGAAAAGCCGAUUUGUGCCAGAUGAGCAGCCUUAUGGAGUUUCUGCUGCAGCUGGCGGGGAAUGUGGCCUAUGCUCUGCUGGCCACCGCUCUGCUUCUCCUCCUGUUGCAGGCCUCCAGUCCGCGCCUUCUGAAGAUCCUUCUGUAUCCCGCCUGCUUGCUGCAGCUGAUAUUCCUGGCCAUUCAGCUGUGGCGAUCCAGCCAACUGGAGCUCUUCCUCAUCGACUGGGAACGGCCUCGGAGCAGCUGCGAGGGCCAGCGCCUGAAUCUGGACAGCUCCUCUCUCUGCUCCAGCGUUCGGACUUUCGUGGCGGAGAGCAGUGUUUCGGCCUGGCGCGUCCUGUUCACGGCCAACGCCUGGAUUCGCCUGAGUGUGACCCAAAAGUACUCUUCAUUGGGUCAGGUGUUCGUGGUCAUCGCUGGCUACCAGUUUCUGGAACGGUUUACUCAUGGAGAUCUGGGAUUGCGCUGCUGUCUAAUAGCCGCCGUGUAUCUGCUUACAUAUCUGCUGCAAAUAAUUGGGCACAGUCUCUUCGUGACCAAUCCUCUCCAGAAGUUUAUCGACCUCUGCAGUUUGGCCAAUAUCUCCUUGUUCUCGCUGACAGAGCCAGGAUUUGGAUACUAUAUUCAUGGGCGAUCCCCACAUGGAUUUGCCGAUACGGACAUGUCCUCGAUGAUUUUGCAGCUCCAGAGGACCCAAACGAUGUGUGGACGACGCGGAUUACUUAUGGAUUCGGAUAAGCAGGCCUAUAUUAUUCUACCUCCCAGGAAUCUUCACAUUUACUUGGAGCGCUUGUUGCUGCCCUUUCAAAGGAGCCUAACUGGGAGCCUUUCGCAGACCCUUCUUUACCAGAAGGACAUCGUUCCCAGCAUCGAUGGCCAAAUGGAACGCACCUCCAUCGCCUAUGCCAGCGUUAAUCGUUUCUUUUGCGCUUUUAUUGAUCAUGCCAUCAAAGACAUGGACUACAUUAUUAAGGAGAAGUCCUUUGUGGAGCAAAUGCUAAAUUGCGAAAUCGACAACUAUAUUACAGAGAAUAAAGGUACCUUCUACAUAGACGAUUCGUUUAGCUUCUCCCGUGUCCUGCUUUUGGGUAACCAUUUGCACAUAUUUGUUUUGGAACUUCUCCUGCUGCUUUCGAUUUUUCUGAUGACCUCGAACUUGCUGAUUGCUGCUGCUGUGGCUUGUGUGUUUAAUAUAUUACUUCGCCAUGUGUUCCGCCAUUGGGUUCGAGGCAAUGUCUCCCGGAAGACACUGAUCGACGAGAGAUUCCUCUUGUAGCCCCAAAACGAGGAGCAAUAUCUGCGGGAGGACGGAUUCUUUGCCAUAUAAAUGAUUUCAGCGUAGUACAUGAAGUUUUUUAUUGUUUUAUAUUCCACUCGAUAGUAAGUAGUACAUCCAUAUACAGUGGUUAAUCUUUAGUUAUCGUAAAACUUACGGCUAAAACAGAUAAAAUAAUUUCCAUAGUUUCACAUAUAACAUACAAACAUUCGCAGAUGCUACGCAUGAUCUACCUUUGCUCGCUCUAGUUUUGUUUUGCUUAGCUUUUACUUUUGAUAGGAUAGCACACAUUUGAGAACGUUGUACAAACAUUUAUGCAUGGCUAUUUAAUUUCAUAAAUAUACUUCCGCCCCCUUAUCGUACCUAUUGUGGCGCCAUUAGGAGUAGUAGCCGUUUUAUCAUUUAGUUUAAAUAUACUUUUGUAGUUGUCCAGUGAGGAUUCUGUUCGUAUCUGUUCUGGGUGUCUUGCAUUGAAAAUAUCUAUGAAAAUAUUGACCUUAGCUGAUUUGGUUUUGUUUUAGUUUCAAUCGGGCAUCAUAUAAAACUACACACACGUUCGGUUAAAGUUAUCUAUAUGUAUAUGAAGGGGUGAUUCUUUUUCGGAAGUAUGUAUAGAUCAGUAUGUACAUCGACCGCGGGAGUCGAUCCCCGCCAGUCGAUUGCUAAUAAAUAGAGCUACUCACUCCUUACACCUACUGUAUGCUACUACGUCAAACGUACAACAUCCAACAUCAAUUUUUUGCUUAUCCGUAACUUAAGGGUUUGAUUCAACUGCGGAACUUAGACGUCUAGAAUGCAGCUAACUUAUUUCAAGUGUCUUCUUACAUGGUAUACGAAUGUAUGCUGUUCUUGGGAUGAGCAGAGGCUUGGGUUGCACAUGAGGGUCCCUAUCGGGUCCUACUGAUGGAUGGUUAGCGGUCAAUAAAUAUCGUACAUG